UAAUAGUAGUGAGGUGACUUGGAACUUGCCACCCCCAGGAGGACUGGACGCCUGCCAUUAUCCCAAUUUAUCUCUUCAUGUCUCCAACCCCACCAAUCACCAGACUUUUUUUUCUUUACUCCUCCGUUUCUCUCCCUAUUAUCAUUGGCUUCAUACACUACAUUUUUAUUCUGCUACUUUCUACUAGUAUGAUACGAGCACAAUACUAAUUGGAUCUUCUUCUGCUGAUUCAAUCUUCCACUUCCCUUGUAGAUUGCUCCUUAAAAGGUUUGUAUCUCUAGUUUCUUUAGAUUUUUUGCUCUUGGGAGCAGUACGCACUAUGCUUUCUGUAAGGUCCUGCGAAUUCUGCACGCUUUUCUGAUUUUGUUUUCUCUGUCUGAUAUUAGCAGUCAGCAGAUCUUCAUGAUUCUUGACCUUUAGUACUUCUUUUUUGUGGGUUCUGCUUGUUUUUUGUUUUCUCUUCCGCUAUUGACUUUUUCGGUUAUAUUUAUUCGUUGCUUGCUGUUCUUUCUCGAUUUAUAUGCUGAAUUGAGAAUUCAUUAGUUAUGUAUGUGUGAUUGCUUGAGGUCAUUUCAAGAUUCGAUUUUUUUUUUCCCUUGGAAUUAAGAUUUGUUCCGGGGUUUUGGAAGUUGUUAUUGUUGCUGUAGUUGCACUAUUGUUGUAAGUCAUGGGUGAAUGUCGGCCCCCCACCCCAAUCUUGGAAGAAGAAGAAGAAAACUUAAUUGCUGCAGCUCAAAACAUAGUGAAAGCAUUAGAAACCAACAAGAACUUGACUAAUGAUGCCAGGAAAAUCUUGGCUGGUCUUGGCACUCAAUUAUCUUCCAUAGCUAAAGCUUGUGAAGAAAAGGCAGAGAGGGAAGAAGAGGCGGAGGAAAAGGGACUUUCUGAGAUUGAGGAGCAGCUAAAUAGAGUGCAGGAUAAGGUCAUGAGAUGGGAGGCGAAUCAAUCUAUGAUAUGGGAUUGUGGCCCUGACGAAGCUUAUGAAUAUUUGAGGGCUGUUGAUGAAGGUCGUAAGUUGACCGAGAGUUUGGAAAGUUUGAAUCUUGCCAAAGAUAGUGAAGAGGAUGGGUUUCUGCACCGGGCUCAUGAUGUUCUUCAGACUGCAAUGGUUAGGCUUGAGGAGGAGUUCAAGCAUUUGCUUGUCCAGAACAGGCAGCCUUUUGAGCCAGAGCACAUGUCUUUUCGCUCAAGUGAAGAUGAUACCAUAGAUGAUGGCUCCAUUGUCUCCUAUGGGGAUGAGUCGGUGGAGGAUGUGGUGCAGAGAGACAGUAUCAGCAGGGGCUCAGAGGAAUACAUAAUUGAACUGGUUCAUCCAGAUGUGAUUCCUGACCUCAAAUCUAUUGCCAGUUUGAUGUUUGUUUCAAAUUAUGGGAGGGAAUGUUCUCAGGCUUAUGUAAGUGUUCGCAAAGAUGCACUUGAUGAUUGCCUCUUCAUCCUUGAAGUGGAGAAAUUGAGUAUUGAGGAUGUACUGAAGAUGGAGUGGAAUACACUGAACUCAAAGAUCAGGAGGUGGGUUCGUGCUAUGAAGAUUUUUGUGCGUGUUUAUCUUGCCAGUGAAAGAUGGCUUAGUGAUCAGAUUUUUGGGGAGCUUGAAUCAGUCAGUUUGGCAUGCUUUGCUGAGUCAUCAAAAGCUUCAAUUUUGCAGCUCUUGAAUUUUGGUGAAGCAAUAGCUAUUGGUCCCUAUCAACCAGAAAAGUUGAUUCGGAUUCUUGACAUGUAUGAGGUGCUUGCAGAUCUUUUGACAGAUAUUGAUGCUUUGUAUAUGGGUGCCACUGAAUCAUGUGUUAGAACGGAGUGUCAGGACAUUUUAAGGAGAUUGGGAGACUGUGCAAAGGCAACCUUUCUUGAACUCGAGAAUGCUGUUGCAACUAACAUAUCAGCCAAUGCUUUUCCUGGUGGUGGAAUCCACCAUCUCACUAGAUAUGUUAUGAAUUACAUUAGAACUCUUGCAGAUUAUGGCAAGACACUUGAUGUGGUCCUGAAGGACCAUGAGAAGGAAGAUCAAGUUUCCACUUCACCGGACAUGAGCCCAGUUAGUGAAGAGGAUAAUAAUAGCUGUGAAAGCUCUUCUGCUUCCCCAGUGGCUUUACAUUUCCGAUCUCUCCUUUCAAUUCUGGAGUGCAAUCUGGAAGAUAAAUCCAAGUUGUACAGGGAUGAGUCACUGCGGCAUCUUUUCCUCAUGAAUAACAUUCAUUACAUGGCUGAAAAAGCAAAGAGCUCGGAGUUAAGAAAUGUACUAGGCGAUGAAUGGAUUCGCAAGCAUAAUUGGAAAUUCCAGCUGCAUGCUAUGAACUAUGAGAGAGCUACUUGGAGCUCUAUCCUUUCCUUGCUUAGGGAUGAGGGGAUACAAAAUCCUGGUUCGACUUCUAUUUCGAGAACCCUUCUGAAAGAGAGAUUGCAGAGCUUUUAUCUUGCUUUUGAGGAAGUUUACAAGAGCCAAACUGGUUGGUGUAUUCCCGAUAGCCAGCUUCGAGAAGAUCUUCGAAUCUCAACAUCCCUCAAGGUAAUACAGGCUUAUCGGACCUUUGUUGGAAGAAAUAUUAACCAUAUAAGUGAAAAGCACAUUAAAUACAAUGCUGAUGAUUUGGAACAUUAUCUCUUGGACUUCUUCGAAGGCUCUCCAAAAUCUUUGCAUGGCAGCCAUAGGAAAUAGUAAUGAUGGGUGGAGCGGAUUGAUUGAGGGAGUUCAUACACACUGAGUUAGAAUUUUCUUAAUUGUCCAUCUCAACCAUUACAAACUAAAGAUUCCAAUUUUGUAACUUUUGUAUCAGCUUUGUAAUCCAUAAAUGGAAAAUUUUACACUGUAAGCAAGUGUAUUACUUAAUAUAGAUGGGACUUGAAGGUUGUUGUA